ACUUUUGGUCUUGUCUGGUAGUGAAAUAAUCAGAUGUUGGAGACUAGCUCUGUAGUGGAGGCUCAACUCAUGUUUGUCCUCUGCCUGUGUUCAGUGUGACGAGUUCCAAUCUAAAUAUCUUACUGUAUUGUAAAUUCGUUCAUUUAACGUUGCAAUAGAUACUUUUGCAGAGAUUUCUUUUGUUUUAUAAAUCAUUUAAAAGAGAAAAUAUAUUGUUUAAGGAAAAAAAGACCAUGUCACUUGCUUUAUUCAGCUGUACGUUUAUGCAGCCUCUCUAAUACAGUGAAUGGUAUGUUUGAAGUCAGGUGGGAGAAACAGAGGCUACCUCACUUACAUUUAUAUGGAGUUCAAUAAAAAAAAGGAAACCAAUUGUUGACUGUCGUUGAAAACUAGGUUUAAUUGUUCGUUUAAACAUUCGCCUUUCUUGAGUGCGAAACAAAAGUUCCCGCGUAUUCUGUUACUAGACAGUACUGUCAUAUACACACAAAACCCCAACCAGUCUGAUAAACCGUUCUCUUUUUCAUGGAAGUUAGUCAAACUAAUUAUUUUAUGCUUAGUUUACUGUUACAUUUCCAAACUUGUUAGCUAAAAUUGCUAGUGAGGCGAUUUCACAACAUUCUACAAAUAAAGCACUAAAUAGACAUUAUAUAAAACGAAAUAAAAAUCUAACAGACGUGCUUAAAGAACCAAGUAUGUGUAACAGACUUGCGUAAUCUCGCUAGAACGUUUUGAGCUGUUCUGUCUUUCAAUUAUCCUGUUUUUCCUGGCUGCGUGUAACAAGUUCUCAUUUGGAGCAAAGGGUUUUGCACGUUUGCGGCGUAGUUUUCCAAAACGUGUUAAACCUCCUUUCUUAAUCUUUUUCUGCCAUCUAGUGGACAUAUAAGAGAAUUUUAUUUUCAGUUUAAAGAUAUAUUUUGUCAUCUCAACAAAUGGGGAUUGCUCACAGACGUUCUUACUGAAUAUUUCAUUAUGUUUAGCUUUGCUAAACAGGUUAAAUACAGGUAAAACUGGACACUGAAACUUAAUCAUCUUUGUUCUUGUGUAAAAAUAACAUUUACCAAACAUUCUUUAGUUCUGACAUCAUUUCCUACAAUUUCUAACCCUAAUUAAGCCUAGAGGGUUCAACCAUGUGUUGUUUUAUUAAUUACAUUUCCUAUUUAAUUCUGUUCUAUUUAAAAGUAAGCGUCUUAACAUUAAAUGUGUCCCAGUUAGCUGUUAACACAAAAAUGGUGAUUUUUUUAUCUAUGUGUGUUUAAAGAAGCAGUUCAAAUUGUAAUAUUUAAUACUCAUUCCUUUAUUAUUUGUAUAUUUAAAGCAAAUUGAACACUACCAGUCAAAAGUUUUUGAACAGUAAGAUUUUUUUGUUUUUAAAGAAGUCUUUUCUGCUCACCAAGCCUGCUUUUAUUUGAUCUGAAGUACAGCAAACACAGGAACAUUUUGAAAUAUUUUAACUAUUUAAAAUAACUGCGUUCUAGUUGAAUAUAUUUUAAAAUGUAAUUUAUUUCUGUGAUCAAAUCUACAUUUUCAGCAUCAUUACUCCAGUUGUCUGUGUCACAUGAUCCUUCAGAAAUUUUUCUAAUAUGCUGAUUUGCUGUUUAAGAAACAUUUAUUAUUGUUAUUAAUAAUUUUUAAAACAGUUGAGUACAUUUUUUUCAGAACUCUUUGAUGAAUAGGACAAUCCAAAAAUCACCAUAGAAAUUAAUACUUUUAUUUAGCAAGAUUUGCUAAAAAUAUGCUUUAAAUUGAUCAAAAGUGUUGAUAAAGACAUUUAUAAUAUUACAAAAGAUUUCUAUUUCAGAUAAAUCCUGUUCUUCUGAAUCUUCUAUUCAUCAAAAAAUCCUGAAAAAUUUCUACUCGGCUGUUUUCAACAUAAUGAUAAUAAUAUAUUUUUUUUGAGCAGCAAAUCAGAAUAUUAAAAUGAUUUCUGAAGGAUCAUCUGACUUGAGUAAUGAUGCUAAAAAUUCAACGUUAAAACCACAAGAAUAAAUCAUAUUUUAAAAUAUAUUCAAACAGUUAUUUAAAAUAUUAAAAAUAUUUCAAUUGUAUUUUUUUCUGUACUCUGGAUCAAAUAAAUGCAGGCUUGGUGAGAAGAAGAGACUUUAAAAAACAUUACAAAUCUUACUGUUUCAAUACGUUUGACUGGUAGUGUAUGUUAUUUCAAAGCAAUUUUAACACCAAUUACAGACUAUCAGAAAGUGUCCCACUUUACCUGUAUUCAACCUAAUCUUUAUUAUCUGACAGAGAUCAAUUCUGAUGUGAUGUUAUUUAUAUAUAAAGAUCUUUCCUCUAUUGUUACUUUAAAACCUGUUUUGAGAAGUAUAUAAGGUAAAUGAAUAGAUGGAUGAAAGCCUUUGAUCUAAUUUCUUCACAAUGGCACAAACAAAAUCCUUCAUUGGAUCUCUGUGAAGGGAAGGAAAUGCCAUGGGGUGAAUCCAGCCAUGCAUCCCCUUUAUUAUUAUAAAACACACCUGCCAUUCAGAGCAUAACAGGUCUUUGCUGGUUUCUCAGGCCUCAUCUCCAGUCUCCCUGUAACCACUCAUCUAUGACCCUAUUGUCCAGAUCAGCGACCCGCACUCAUAUAAAGCCACAAAUAACACAUGAGCCCUUCAGGAGGACAUCAGCAGGCAACAUGAAGCUGAUCAACAGCUGCCUGACUGUUCUAGUCUUUACAAAUGCUGUAUAUUCAGCAGCUAUGAGAGAAGGGAGUGAAGAUUUGUUGCGAUUCCUGAAAGAUGCAUUUGAAAUGAAUCUGCCUCUUGACCACACUGAACCAACACAGCUCUCAGAAACGGAUCUAGCAACAGAGAAGAUUCUGGAUCAUGUGCAACCUACAGAUCCGACUGCAGAAUGCAAAGCCCCAGAAAUUGUUGUGAACACUGCUGACUUUUCCAAUACAAGACCCAAACCAAACCUGGUAGAACUUGCAGAUGUUGCUGAAGAGAGAUCCAGAGAGAGCAGCAACUCCGACAGCAGAUUAGCUGAAAAAGCAUCAGCUGAAGACAGCAGAGAAGGUGACAGUGACAAGAGGAUACAGCUGAGAACAACACUCGCAGAGAGUAUGAGUAUGGACAGGACUGACAUGGACACAGAUGUGACUGAGGCUUCAAACAAACAUACUGAUAAAGCAACAGUGAUGGAGGACAUCAGUAGUCAGGAAAUGGACAGACUAGAGGAGAAUGGGAGAUACCGACCUCCAAGGACCCAGAAGAUGUUAGAAAAACACAACUCUGUGGUCACAGACACAGGCAGACAAAAUCUGGACGUUUUAAAGGAGAUGGAUCGCAUAGCUCAGAGUUUUGCCAGUAGAAUGAACCUUAAAGACCAGAUUGGUGAACCACAUGAUACUGAGAAACACCAGCAGGAGAGCCGCAAAACAGCAAGGCAUUUAGACAGCCCAGAGUUUGUGGACACCCCUGAUAGACUAGAUCUAGACGCUGACAGUGAGGAACAUGGUGGUGGUCGAGGAACAUCUCAGACACAAAUCUCAGGAAUCAAAGCAAAACUAAACUAUGCUGCUAACCAGGAGACACAGGACGACAGCAGGGAAUUGGCCGAUCGGAUCCCAGGAUGCACAGAAACAUCUGUUGAACAUCCCAUGGAACAGAACAACAGUCUGGAUGCCCCUAAUGUGGACCAGAAGAUUCAAAAGGACACAAUGAGCUAUCAGAACCAGCUGAGGAAAAUAUGUCCAACCAAGAGAGUACGAGCAUCCAACAACCCAACAGCACAGCUGGAUUUAGAUAGUCCAGAAAGAGCGAACAGUGAACUUUUGGACAGAGACAACAGCAGAGAGAGGAUGGAAACUCACGUGGUGGAUCCUCUGUAGAGAGUUGCUUGUUUUGCUGAAUGUCUACUUGUUUUUUUAUUAUUAUUUUUUUUUAUUUUGACAGUGUGAUUUUAAUGUCUAUUCAAACUAAUAUGUUCUUGUUGGUUUGUUUGUUGGACUUUCAUAGAUAAAUCAUUAUUAAUCAGUUUUAUGAUCUUGUGGGACGUGACUAUUAUUGAAAAUAUAUAUAAAUGAUUAUGAAACAGGCGCCUUAACUUAAGACACAUUAUGCAAAAAAUAGAAAUAAAUAAAAAAUUUUUUAUUAUUAAAUAUUUUAUUAUUAAUAUUAUUAAUAAUGAUACUUCAUAAUUUUAUAAUAAACUUCAAUAGUGAUUGUAAUAAUAAUAAUAAUAAUGUAAUAUUAAUAGUAAUGAUGAUAUGUCUGUCCAAUUACUUCUUCCCCCCAAUAUUUAGUAUUCUGUAUAAUUUCUGCUUUCACUAAAACAUUAAAAUUCUGUCAUUAAUUAAUCAGCCUUAUGUC